AUGUCCGAAGCGGUGGCCACCUCUGCCCCUUUGUCCCAGGGCCUGGGCUAUGGGAUUAUUCUGGGCUUCGGUCUCGCCUUCGCCUUGGCCCUCAGUGCGGUCACGGCGGUUAGUCGCAGGAUGGCCCACGAGCACCAAGACGUCGAUGCAUAUCUGACCGCGAAACGUUCUAUCAAGACCGGUCUACUUGCAAGCGCCGUAGUCUCCUCUUGGUGUUGGGCAGCAACCAUCCUGAACUCAGUUCGCAUCGCCUACAUCUACGGUCUUCCCGGAAUUUGGUACUUCGCGUCAGGUUGUACUAUACAAAUACUCGCCUUUGCGAUCAUCGCCAUCGAGCUGAAGCGACGUGCGCCUCGAUGCCAUACCAUCAUGGAGGUCAUCCGCGUUCGCUGGGGUACAGCAGCGCAUAUCGUGUACCUCUGCUUUGGCAUUGCCACGCAGUUGCUGGUGGCGGCUGCUUUACUUCUGGGUGCUUCAGCGGCUGUCACGGCUAUCACGGGUGUGAACACUAUCGCUGCUCUCUACCUUAUUCCUACUGGUGUCGUACUGUAUACGUUGGCUGGAGGGCUUAAGGCAACUUUCGUUGCCGAUUGGAUACACACUGUGGUCAUCUACAUCAUCUUGCUGACGGUGAUGUUCAAGGUCGUCGCUACGUCGGAUGUCAUCGGCUCCCCGGCGAAGCUCUACGACAUGUUGACCGAGGCCGCCACAACCAAUCCUUGCUUCGGCGCUUAUGAAGGAAGCUACCUCACGAUGAAGUCAGCCGAGGGUUUGAUUCUUGCUGCUGUUAUCCUUGUCUCUGGCUUCGCGUCCGUCUGGGUGGAUCCUUCGUAUGGUCAAAAGGCCCUGGCGGGCACACCUGAAGCCGUCGUCGCUGGCUACUUCUGGGGCGGCGCAUGCUGGUACAUCAUCCCCUUCGCUCUCUCUGGCACCUGCGCCUUCGCCGCUGUUGUUCUUCAGGACACGCAAUACUGGCCAACACCGGGCGGAAUUACCGAAUACGUCUCGAAUAACGGCCUCAUUCUUCCGCUCACGGUCGAGGCUAUCAUGGGCAAGGGUGGAGCCGCGGCGAUCUUGCUGAUGGUCUUCAUGGCCGUCACCAGCAGCUCCUCGGCAGAGUACAUUGCUCUCAGCUCCGUCCUUACCUACGACGUGUACAAGCCAUACCUGAACCCGACGGCAAGCGAUAAGCAGCUCCUGUGGAUGGGCCACAUGUUCGUUGUCGGAUUCGCCAUCGUUUCGUCUUCGUUUGCGGUUGGACUUUACUACGCUGAGCUCAACAUGGCUUGGGUUCUCGAGUUCCUCGGCGUCGUCAUUGGCCCUGCCGUCAUACCUCUCGCAGGCUCACUCAUGAGCGACACCAUGACGAAGACGACGGCCAUAUACGCUCCGUUGUUCUCCCUCGCAGUGUCCAUUGCGGCCUGGCUUGGUGUCACCGUGCAGCAGUAUGGCGUGAUCAGUGUCAACACCACGUUCGGAAACUGGCCGAUGUUCGCAGGAUGCGUGGCUGGGAUCUUUACGCCUCUCCUUUGGCAUUGGGUCUCGCGUCUCAUCUUCCGCUCGUCGCCCAAGUACGAUUGGAGCCGACUCAUGACCAUGGAUGCGCUGAAGCCUCGCGCCGGAGACACAAUCUAUCCGAUUGAGAAAGUAGACGACCUCGGUCACUUCGAUCUCGGUUCGUUGGCAAGAGCUUCCCGUCGUGCUCGGUGGGGAUCUAUCGUCGCGGCCAUCGUCUUCUUGAUUAUCAUUCCCAUUCCCAUGUACGGCACCAACUACAUAUUCCCGAAAGCGGGGUUUGAGGCCUUCGUCGCGAUCGAAUUCAUUUGGGCUUGGGUUGCCGCACUUGUCAUCAUCUUCUACCCCAUUUGGGACUCUCGCGGCUACCUGAAGUCAGUGCUCUUGGGUAGCACGAGCCUACUCACGGGCAAGGGCGUAAUCUCGAACGACUCGGCCGAUUGCUCGGCAUCCAUCGACGAUAGCAGUGAGAAGGACGUCAAGGAGAACGUAUCCACUCCGGCUCACAGCUUACCUUCUGUUUGA